AUGAAUGAUGAUCCACCUCCUCUUCCAUUAGCUAUUUGGGCUUCUAAACACGAGGCUGAUCCUAAUAUCAUCUUAGAUUUAUGUACCCCUUCUAUUCGAUGCACCAAUUGUUUACUCCCUUCACGGCGUACUCCUAAAUUUCUUUGUAAACGCGUAUCCUCUAUGAUUUCCCCUGCAUCCUUUAAGCGCGCACAGAAAAUUAAGACAAAAUUGUCUUUUGCGCGUUUGGUUUUAUCCCCUUCUACAAUACGUUUAUUGGUUCCACCUUUAUCACGUCCUUCCCAACCUAAAAGUCCCUUUCAAAAUAAAUUCCUAGAUUCCUCUCUCAUAACUCCCCAUAUUUCAGCUCUAGUAGAUACCGCUGAUAAUGACAAUAACGUUCCUCCUCUGGUCCUUUCUCUAAAUUGUAUACCUGCAGGAUCUUCACCUGCAACUUCUGCUUCAGCCCUUCUUCAUGAUAAUGCACAGUGUUUAUCUUACACUUUCACAAUACGUACCAUCCUGGAUGGAUGGAUACGUCCUGCUCGAAAUAUUAGCUCUAAUCGUUUAUAUUCUAUUCGACGAGGCAACUGUUACUUCCUUUUGGACCCCACUCCUGAUUCGGAUAAUUGUUAUUCGAUUCAUACCAAUUCUCCUCUCCUUUCAACUACUGAGCCAUUUCAAUUUACAUCUGAUCGUCCUUCUCCUAAUUUGAAAUUUAUUUUAUCAAAAUUUUUAACCUUUUUCUUUUACCGACAAAACCGUAUUCCCUCUCAUGCUCGACGUAAAUAUUUUAAUAGAUUACGCCAGCUUUUAUUAACACAACGUGUUACCUCUCUUGCUCGUUGGUCAUCUUCUCAUCGUAAUAAUAGACGUACUCGUACCUUUAUUCAAUUUCGAUAUCAUCAAUCUUGCUUUUACCUUGGCCUUUAUUUUGGUUGCCCGUUUUGCAAGACUCCCGCUGCCUAUGUUAUGUCUCGCUUUCGUCAUGCUUGUCAUAUUCAUGACAAAAAACUUGUUCACACUCCUCCUCCUCCUCCUUCUCCUUCUUUCACUUUACCUUGUAACUGUGUGUCUAAAAGACACGCUGAUGAUGACAGUGGUACACUUUCAGCACGAACUCUUAUCUCAUACUCUGCUCACAAAUCCAUUUCCCACCCUUCGAAGAAACAACUUGCCCGUCAAGAACGCCACAAAGACCUUUUAUCAGACUGGAGCAAAUUUUCACGACAUGUUAUUCAGCCCGAUCUUCUUGACUCUUCCAUGUUGAUGGCCACUAAGGAUCAUGCUAUAGUCAUUCCUCUUACCUCCUAUCAUUUGACUAUGUCUACUACUGAUUAUUCAAUUGUCCAGAAUAUACGUAAUCUCGUAUCUUCGCGCCCUGAUGUUUCCUUCUGUUUGAACGAACGUUCACAUCACUCUUCAGUUGCGUUUUUAUCUUCUAAAUUUACAGGUUCUAUCCAAAAAGUGGUUUUGAAUCCCUCUUCUGUAGUUGGAAGUCAUUUUAUUACUGACAAACCCACCUCUGGUCCUUUUGUUGGUCUGAACUGCCCUGUUAUUGAUUAUCAAGAUUUUAAAACUCUUGGCUUUAGUCGUUCCAUUAUUGAUAUGUACAACACUUCCUCGGUAUCGAAGAAGUAUCUUCGAGAUGCCAUCCAAUCUAUUAUCACCAAAUCGGCUUCCUCUUCGACAUUUUCACAUCUUUGGAAUAGUGAUACACGGUUUUCUUUCAAACUAGGUCGUGUUAAACCUUGUGAUAUCUUAAUGUUAUUGGAUGUUUGUGCACCUUGGUUUGAUUCACAUCUUUACCCUGCUCCUUCUGAUUUUUGA